AUGUUCAAGAUGUCGACCACGAAGAGGGAAGUCACAGCAUGUCAGGGACGGGCGGAACCGUUUCUGGGUCACAAUCUCAGCCUCAAUCCCAACCCAUGGGCUGAACCACCCGAGUCGAUCGUGGCCAAAGGUCCGAAGAGUAUCAGACGGUAUUUCGAAGACCUGUACGCUGAACACUGCCGGAUUGGUCGCCGCAGCGUCAAGCUUGUUCUUGUCGGGCAGGAAGGAGCAGGGAAAAUGAGCUUGCGCCGAAGCAUGAAGGCCAAUAAAGCAACUCCCACGGGCGAGUGGAAGGAGGAGAGCACGGUGUUUGCCGACGUGGAGACCAUGGAGCUAGAAGGCUCAUCUGUAAGGGUGUACGACUGCGCUGGACAGGUUGCCUACACGGGGCUGCUGCAGAUGUUCUUGACGCCACGGUCGGUGUGCGUGCUUGUGUGCAACGCGGGGGAGUUCGAACAGCGGCUACGUAGCGACAACAUUGACCAGGUUGAAGAAGAUUGCCGCAAGCUGGAAGGAUUGCGCGUAUGCGAUUGGCUGCGGUCGAUAUCUCGUCGCGUUCCCGGCAACGACGUCAUUCUCGUCGCUACCAAGUGUGACUUGGUGAGCGGGAACGUUGAGGAAACUGGCCGAAGGAUGGAGCAUGCCUGUCAGACUUGGCUUUCGAGCUGGGUUCGCGAUGGUAUGGACGCCGUCCGGCUGGAGCGACACGUUUCCCUCACGAGUUGCUUCCCGAUAGUAGUUGGUGAGCAUGGCGAGAGUAGCCCUGGGAAUCAUGCGUCAAAGCAGGGUUGGGCGUGCGACUGGCGACGUGGAAGGAGCUGGGAUUUCGCCCUCACUUUCCUGGAUUCUAUCGAGCAUGGGCGAGAUUCGGUGGAGAUGGUAAUGCUCAAGUCCCCCGACAGUGACAGCGGUGCAAAGGCAACAGCAGUUGGCAAGACAACCAUGUAUCAGGGGAUCACGGUUGAGGAACUCAGCGCCAAAUGGCAGGGAACAGUUGAUGAUCUUGGGAGGAGAGGGAUCAUGUUCACAAACGCCAAGAAUGCUUUGGAAGGAGCUCUCUCGAUCAGGGAGUUCGACGGAUCCCUCGUUUGCCACGAGAAAUUUGUCUUUCUGGAAGUCGUUUGGCUGGCGAGAAUCCUCAAGCCCUUACUCAACCACAAGGACCAAGGAGCCUUUGACGGCCGUGUGAAGCUCGGGGACACGGGCGACACGCGUAUCACUCGACGAUCCUUCAGACAUGACUUCGUGGGACAGGCUCAAGAACGAGGGCGUCUCAUUUUUCCACUCGAAAACGAUCCUGCUGAGGGCCUGGUAGUUCUGUUGAGGCUAAAGCCACACCGCCCCGAGAGUGUGGGCAAAGUGAUCGAUACCUUCUGCUCGGGGCUCACCCCGGCAUUCCGCGCGAGUUGGAAGAUCUUCCUCCGUGUACCGCCUGGUGCGGCCGAAAGGACAUUUGCCGUGGUCGUGGAAUACUCGUCCAUCGACAAUGAGCUUGUUGCUCAAGUUUUCGGCGGUAUCAGCACCCCAGGGCCGUGGACGGCGAUGUCGUACGUCAUGUCUGCAGUGAGCUUGAUGCUUGUGGAUUUUCCAGGACUGCGCUGGAAAGGCUCUCUGAAGUGUCCUCAGCAUGGUGACGGAAUGCUUUUUGUUAACAAGGUCAGUCCUCCACACGCAUAUCGUCUGUGGACCAAUGAAUGUCCGAGCAGCUUACACUUCUAG